AUGUCAUGGUUCUCGGACCUCGCUGGCAAGGCAGAAAGCCUCCUCAAUAACCUUGAUGAACAGACAGGUGCAGUUCUACGUAAUCACAAUGGCACUAAAGAAAAAAAACAUGACUUUAUUCUUCAUCCCGAGGGCACUUUGGGGCAGAAGAAAAAGACUCCGCGUAACAUAAAGAAAAAUGGUUCCAUUUCUGAAACAAGGUCUAGUUAUACACCAAUUACAAGAAGUCCACCAGUAAGACAACCCAGAUCUCCAAUAAAACAAACUUAUGAUAAUAUAAGAAAUGGAAUAGAAAAUGUUAGAAAAAAGUCUCCACCAAGGAAAGCUCAAUAUACUCUUAAUAAUAGCCCUAAGACACUUGUUGAUGAUUUUAAAGAUCAUGAUUCAGUUGAUCAUUUUGGACUUAGACAUAGGAGAUACAGUUUGCCUUCUGAUCUGGAAUUUAUAAACACAGAAAAACUUACAUAUAGUAUGCAAAAUUUAGAAGUAGAAAAUGCCAUGUUGAAAAAUGAACUUAAUGUUAUGAACAGAGAAGUAUCAGAAUUGCUGGAUAGAUUACGUAAAACUGAAGAUGAGCUCAAAACCACUCAAAUUAAACUAGAAAGUAGUGUAAAAUUGAACUGUAUGUUAACUGAUGAAAAAGAAUCACUAGUUUCACAAUUGCAAUCAAAGAUUCAAAUAACAGACAAAGGUACUUGUGAGAUAAAUAAAUACAAAGAACACAGCCAAGAGUUGGAGUCCAGUAUAUCUUUGCUGAAUGAUAGAAAUAAGGAGUUAGAAGACAAAAUAAAAGAACUAACAGAAGAGGUGAGUGUUAAAAAUACUGCACAAAUAAAACUUGAAAAUGAAUUACGCCAUGCACAAACAACAAUAAGUGAGCAACAAGGUAAUUUAGAGAAAACAGUAGCUGAGUGCCAUCGCUUAGAAAAAGACUGGGAAGCUUAUAAGUUACGCGUAAAAAGUAUGCUAUUUGCUAAAGAUAAUCAAAUACAAUCUAUGAAAGGAGGUACUAAUAUAACAGAAGAUAACAAAAUAUUACUUGAGCAAAUUGAAAUAUUAAAGGAUGAAAAAGAAAGUCUUUCGCAAGCGGUAUCACAAGUACAUAACGAGUGCGAUGAUAUGAAACGGUGUAUAACUCAGUUAGAGCAGCAGAAUAUAUCAGCAGAGCGUGUAGUGACGGCGCUACGAGAUACCCUGAAGGAGGAACGGCUGGCGAGGAACAGAGCUGAAGGCCAUUGUGCUGUUUUGAGAAAGGAAUUACAAACAUUACAAUUAGAAACAAAUGAAACAAUACUAAAUCUUCGAACGUCCUUACAAAUUAAAGAUGAUGAACUAAAUAACUUGAGGGAGUCUGCGUCCACCGCUCGUACGGACAGUGCUUUGAAUGUGGCGGACUAUGACGUCAACAAGGAAGCGGAUAGCGAAAAGAUACAAUAUUUAACGCAAAUGUUGAUCCAGAAACAAGGAAAAAUAGACUCACUGUUGGCUGAUAAUAAUAUUAUGAGGAUACAAUUAGGUAAAUUAGAGUCCAAACACAGAUCAGAACUUGCCGCUCUCCAAGCCAAAUAUUCCCACAGUAUAGUCCAUUUGCAAGAUGACAGUCGGUUAAGGGCUAGAAGUAAUUAUUCGUCGUCGCCUUUAUCAGCCUUAUCUUUACGUAUCGGCAUCAUGAUCAAGAGGUUCCCCAUAUUUAGACUGCUAAUUUUGAUUUAUAUGAUUGGUCUACAUUUAUGGGUCGUUACUGUUUUAUUAACAAGCACUCCUGAAGAUUUCGUACCGAGACCGCCAAAAUUA